AUGGCGGUUGUUGGAAUGUCCAGGAGAAACGGCUCCCAGCCAAAAGGGACGGUCCAGUACCAGCCAAGGCUCUUCCAGUCACCCUUCUUUCUGGCUUCCUGCAUCAACGUCGACGCCUCGCUGAUCAAGCAGACCCACCGCGUGACCAAGACGCAAGCAAAGGUCAUCGCGCUGCAGAACGGCUGCAUCUGCUGCACGCUCCGCGGCGAUCUCCUCGAGGAGCUGCUGCGCCUCGCCGAGCUCGAGCAGUUCGACUACGUCGUCGUCGAGAGCAGCGGCAUCAGCGAGCCCGAGCAGGUCGCCGAGACCUUUGACCAGCGCCUGGCGGAGCAGAUGGCUGCGCUGGCGGGUGGAGAGGUGGGGGGGUUGGAUGCGGAGAUGGUGAGCGUCUUGGAGCGGCUCAAGGCCGCUGGCGGGUUGGAGAAGUUUGCCCGCUUGGAUACCACUGUCACGGUGAUCGACGCCUUCACGAUAUAUAACGACUUUGAGACCGACGACAUGCUCAUUCCCCGUCGCGAUGACGUUCAGUUGGAAGACGAGCGGACUGUGUCGGAUCUGAUGGUGGACCAGAUUGAGUUCGCUGACGUGAUUGUCCUUAACAAGAUGGAUCUGGUAGGCGGUCGGGUCCUCGAGGAGUGGGUGAUAAAAAUGCCAUGUUGCUUACGGCUGAUUCUCGAAGCCAGCUACGGAAGACUCGAGGUCAGGGAAAUCUUAAACACAGGCAUCUUCAGCCUGGAAAGGGCACAGACCGGAUACGGAUGGCUCCAGGAUCUUCACGCCAUGACGCUGCAACAGGUCAAUGGCAGAAAAGUGAUCACCCCCAAGCCGGAAACCGAGGAAUACAACAUCCGCAACUUUGUCUACACACGCACCAGACCGUUCCACCCCCAGCGCCUGUUCGAGCUCCUCCACGACAAAUUCAUUUUGCAGCUCGAAGUUCCCGAUGAUGAUGAUGACUCCGACUCUAACUCGGACGACUCAAACGAAGGCGACUCAGCCUCAGACUCAGACUCCAACACGGCUAUGGAAGACGACGACGACGACGACGACGAAGAAGAAGACGAAGACGCCGCCGCCACCACCAGCGAGCUCAGCCCGCCACCCAACGACACCAUCCUCCGCAACAAGCGCGCGCACCCGCUCUUCCGCCGCCUCUUCCGGUCCAAAGGCGAGUUCCUGCUCGCGACGCGGCCGCAGCGCGCGGGCGAGUGGUCGCAGGCGGGGGCCAUGCUGACGCUGGCGGGCGGGCGCCCGUGGUUCUGCACGCUGCCGCGGGAGCACUACGUGACGGGGGACGCCGAGGUGGACCGGCUGGUGGCGUUUGACGUGGCCCGUGGCGGGCAGUGGGGGGACCGCAGACAGGAGAUUGUGUUUAUUGGGGAGGGGCUGGAUGAGCAGGGGCUGGCGGCGGUGUUGGAUGCGUGUUUGUUGACGGACGGGGAGUGGGAGGCGUGGGAAGAGGUCAUGAGGGAGGUGGGGUUGGGUGAGGAGGAGAGGGUGGAGAGGCUGCGGGCGUUGUUUGAGGAUGGGUGGCCGGAUUGGAGCGAGGAUGCGGCUCAUGACCAUGAUCAUGGCGAUGGGGAGGGUCAUGAAGGGCAUGGCUGUGAAUGA